GAACCGACCCAUCCCGGGGAGCCUGAACCGACCCUUCCCGGUCCUCCCGGAGAUCCCGAACCGAACCUGAACCGACCCCUCCCGCUGCUCCCGGAGAUCCCGAACCUACCCCGAACCGACCCCUCCCGGUCCUCCCGGAGAUCCCGAACCGACCCCGAACCGACCCCUCCCGGUGCUCCCGGAGAUCCGGAACCGACCCCUCACCGACCCCUCCCGGUGCUCCGUUCCCAUCACCGGCUCCAACCCAAAGACCCUGCCGGUGCCGCCGCCCCCCGCCCCUGUCCCGGUGCCUCCCGGUGCUCCCGGUGCUCCCCCCGGGAUGGAGCCCCCGGCUCUGCUGGCGCUGGCCCUGGGCACCCUGGGGGUCAUCGCAGCCCUCUCCGAGGACCCCAAGCUCUCGGUUCCCCCGUACCCAGAACUGGGGGUCCCGUUCAACGUCACCUGCGCCGUCAGCUCCGGCUCAGCCGCCGAUUUCACCGUCAGCGCCGACAGCCGGAGCUUCCCGGUGACGCUGAGCCGGGACGGGCGCCGGGCCACGGCCGCGGUCACCGUCAACCGCACCGGCGACGUCCGGCUGUGGUGCACGGUCGGCGUGGACGGCGUGGAGAGACGGACGAGCAGGAACGUGGGGAUCUACUACGUCCCCGUGCCGGAGCUGAACGUUUCCAACGAGCGACCGCGCGCGGGCUCGGAGCUGCGGAUCCUCUGCUCCCUCCCCCCGGGAGCCACGGCCGAUGUCCGGGUGCGGAUCUGGAACGGGAGCGACCAACGGGAGAUUUGGGAUCUGCCGCCGCUGGAAUUGAGGCUGCGGCCGAGCCGGGAGGAUGAGGAGCUGGAGCUGAGCUGCGAGGCCAAGCUGCAAAACAUCUCCCGGAAAAGCUCCAGGAGGAUUUCGGUGUUGGCGGAGCCCCGUCUGGACGCCUCGGGGUGCCCUUUGCAGCAGAACUGGACGGAGGGGGAGCCGGGGCUGCUGCGGUGCCGAGCCCGGGGCCGGCCCCAGCCCCAGGUGCUCUGCUCCAAGGACGGGAAUUCCCUUCCCACCGGAAUUCCGCGGCCCGCGCUCCGGCAGCACGCCGGGAUCUACCGGUGCCGCGCCACCAACGAGCUGGGCACGGCCGAGAGCAACGUCACCGUCUGGGUCCAGUACCCCGACUCCAUCCCGCUGCUCCCGCUGCUCCUGGGGCUGCUGCUGCCGGCCCUGGCCCUGCUGGCCGUGGCCACCUUCCUCUUCCUCCACCGCCGGGCCACCAAAAUCGGCCACUACUGGCUCUGGAAGCGCCAACAACCGCCGGGACCGCGACCGCCGCGACCACCGCGCCCGGCUCCGGCUGCUCCCGGCGCGUCCGCGGUGCCGUAACCGGGACCACCGGGACCCCCCCGGUGCAUCCGCGGUGCCAG